AUGGCUAGGAUGAAGAAGAAGGGCGCGCUCUCUCGCCUCCGGACGGCGACGUCGCGCGCGGCCACCGUGGCUAGGCGGAAGGGUGUCGUCGUCGUCGGUCGCGCCGGGGACUGCGGCGGCGGCGGCGAGGACCGCAUCAGCGACCUCCCGGACGACCUGCUGCGCCUCGUCCUGCGCCGGCUCGACACCCGCACGGCGCUCGCCACGGGGGCGCUCUCCAGGCGCUGGGCCUCCCUCUGUCGCGGUCUCGACGCCCUCGACUUCCUCGUCAGCGACGUGCUCCCGCCGCGCUACCACCGGUGCCGCGACCACCUCCUCCUCCACCACCCCCACGCCACUAAAGGCAUCGACGCCGACGAUGCCAAGGUUGUCGCCGGCAGGUACGAGCGCCUCUCCAUGCGGAAAAUGGUGGCCUCCAUCGACAGCUUCCUCGACGCGGCGCCGGACGACGACGACCCCGAUCGACGGAGGAGGAUCACUAGGCUGAGGCUGGAGUUCAUCAUCAAUCACCACUCCGACAGCAUCAACCGCUUGAUCGCCACGGCCAUUGAUGCUUGGGGGGUCAAGGAUCUCGAGAUUCUUGCUGGGACGCCCGCGCAUCAGCUACGGCCGCUGGACCGCCUCCACAUCUUCCCUCACCAAGGUAUCUGCUCUGAUCCCCGCAGCUCCACUCUGACAAGCCUGACGCUGGCUAACUGCACGAUCCCGCCAUUGCAAGGGUUCCAAGCUCUGAGGAUCCUCGUCUUGCAGCAUCUGCCAAGCUCCACGCGUCCAGCAGACUACGAAUCGGUGUUCACUUCUUGCACACAGCUGCGAGUGCUGCACCUCAAAUCCUGCAUGUUCGAUGGCGUUCUACGGGUAAACGCUCCGUGUUCAUCGAUCGAGCAGCUUGUGUUCGACCACUGCGGCGGUGGCCUGAUCAUUCUCUACGCUCUUCCAAAGCUCGAGGAGAUGGCCGUGGUGCAGACCUGCGUAUGGUUCCAGCGUGGCUCCAUGCCAUGCCUCAAACGCCUGAACCUCAUCUUUCGAUACAAGCAUGAUCAUCACUCCACCUCCAUGCCUUGGGGCAUGAACCUGAUGCAGAUUGCUGAGUACACCCCAGAAAUAACAGAGCUGUUCCUGGAGUUCACCGGACGCGGGGCGGCGACGAUGGAUGCGCCGCCAUCAUCGCCAUUGCCGUCGCUGCCAAACCUCCGAAAGCUCGUGGUCGUCGUGCCAUCGUCGUGGGACGUCUCAUGGCCGCGCCUCCUCUUGGAGGUGGCGCCAUGCCUUGAGAUCCUCCACGUCCAUGUCGCCGCCUGCGAGGACGAGCCCCGCGGCGAGAUCUCGUGGCGGCGAUGCGAGUCGCGACACAGGAAGCUGAAGGAGUUGGGGAUGAGUGGCUUCGAGGGGACGGGAAGGCAGGUUUACUUUGUUAACUUUGUGAUGGAGGUAUCAUUAGCUCUGAAGUCUGUGAGUCUGUGCAAAUAUGCAGGUGUUUACUGGGACUACGACAUUGUUCGUGAAGAUCGUCGUUGGAGCAGUGACGACAGAGCUGAUGUACUGAAGCAGAUCGGUGAGAGAGUUUCUUGCACAGAUAUUCCGGUUCAGUUAGUCCGGGAGUGA